UGAGGACACUGACAGGGGUGAAAUGGAAGCCUCAGUAAUAUUACCCAUUCUGAAGAAAAAACUAGCCUUCCUGUCAGGAGGAAAGGACAGACGAAGUGGCCUCAUUCUGACAAUUCCAUUAUGUCUCGAACAAACAAAUAUGGAUGAAUUGAGUGUCACUUUGGACUAUCUACUCAGCAUUCCAAGUGAAAAAUGUAAAGCUAGAGGAUUUACUGUGAUUGUGGAUGGCAGAAAAUCACAAUGGAAUGUGGUGAAGACAGUAGUCUUAAUGCUACAGAAUGUUGUUCCAGCUGAAGUGUCCCUUGUUUGUGUUGUGAAGCCAGAUGAGUUCUGGGAUAAGAAAGUAACACAUUUUUGUUUUUGGAAAGAGAAGGACAGACUUGGCUUUGAGGUUAUUUUAGUGUCUGCCAAUAAACUGACUCGUUAUAUUGAACCUUGCCAGUUAACAGAAGAUUUUGGUGGAAGUCUCACCUAUGACCACAUGGACUGGUUAAAUAAGAGGCUGGUUUUUGAGAAGUUUACAAAGGAAUCUACUUCAUUAUUAGAUGAACUUACUUUGAUUAACAAUGGGAGUGAUAAAGGAAAUCAACAAGAGAAAGAAAGGUCUGUGGAUUUAAACUUUCUUCCAUCAGUUGAUCCUGAAACAGUGCUUCAGACAGGACAUGAAUUGUUAUCCGAAUUACAGCAGCGGCGGUUUAAUGGCUCCGAUGGAGGAGUCUCGUGGUCUCCGAUGGAUGAUGAACUGCUUGCGCAGCCACAAGUUAUGAAAUUACUGGAUUCUCUCCGAGAGCAGUAUACUCGCUACCAGGAAGUUUGUAGGCAGCGGAGCAAACGCACACAGUUAGAAGAGAUUCAGCAGAAGGUGAUGCAGGUCGUGAAUUGGCUUGAAGGGCCUGGAUCCGAACAGCUGCGAGCCCAGUGGGGCAUCGGUGACUCUAUCAGGGCUUCCCAGGCCCUGCAGCAGAAGCACGAAGAGAUCGAGAGCCAGCACAGUGAAUGGUUUGCAGUAUAUGUGGAGCUUAAUCAGCAAAUUGCAGCCCUCUUGAAUGCUGGAGAUGAGGAAGAUCUUGUGGAACUGAAGUCCCUGCAGCAACAGCUUAGUGAUGUUUGUUAUCGACAGGCCAGUCAGCUGGAAUUUAGGCAGAAUCUCUUACAAGCAGCUCUAGAAUUUCAUGGUGUUGCUCAAGAUUUGUCUCAGCAGUUGGAUGGCUUAUUAGGGAUGUUGUGCGUAGAUGUAGCACCAGCUGAUGGAGCAUCGAUUCAGCAAACUUUAAAACUGCUUGAAGAGAAGCUGAAAAGUGUUGACGUAGGAUUGCAAGGUUUGCGUGAAAAAGGUCAAGGCCUCCUGGAUCAGAUCUCCAAUCAGGCGUCCUGGGCCUAUGGAAAGGAUGUGACCAUUGAAAAUAAGGAAAAUGUGGACCACAUACAAGGAGUGAUGGAAGACAUGCAGCUUAGGAAACAAAGAUGUGAAGACAUGGUAGAUGUACGAAGGUUAAAGAUGCUUCAGAUGGUGCAGCUCUUUAAAUGUGAAGAAGAUGCUGCCCAGGCCGUCGAGUGGCUGACUGAGCUGCUGGAUGCUCUUCUCAAGACGCACACCAGACUGGGAGACGACGCCCCAGAGACAAAAGUGCUCCUGGAGAAGCACCGGAAAUUCGUCGAUGUCGCCCAGAGUACUUACGACUAUGGCAGGCAGUUGCUGCAGGCCACAGUUGUGCUGUGCCAGUCUUUGCGCUGCACCUCUCGGUCCUCUGGGGAUACGCUUCCUCGCCUGAACAGAGUGUGGAAACAGUUUACAAUAGCAUCCGAAGAAAGGGUGCACAGGUUGGAAAUGGCUAUUGCAUUUCACUCAAACGCUGAAAAGAUUUUGCAAGACUGUCCAGAAGAGCCUGAAACUAUUAAUGAUGAGGAGCAAUUUGAUGAGAUUGAAGCAGUUGGGAAGUCACUUCUGGAGAGGCUAACUGUUCCCGUAGUGUACCCUGAUGGAACCGAACAAUAUUUUGGGAGUCCAAGUGACAUGGCUUCUACUGCAGAGCACAUCAGAGACAGGAUGAAACUAGUUAGUCUCAGAAGGCAGCAGCUGAGACAUCCUGAAAUGCUGCCCACAGAGAGCUAAUAGCUGCCAACUUCCCACAGGUCUGCAGCUCACCUCCCGCAUGUCAUCGCCUACUGCAGCAAUCACCGCAGCACCCUGAGGCGCAUCUCGCCGCUGCAGGAGAAGCCUCGUUGCUCCCCACCCCCACCUCACUCUCCAUGCUCACACCUCACAACUUCCCAGGAGUAAUUACUUAACAUGCUUUGAGACCACAGACUCCAGGUACCUUAAAAGAAGGACUGAAACAUUGCACUGAAAACUCACUUCUGAGCUUUCCCCGACCUGUCAGUUUGCAGAUGAACAACUGAUAAUAAGCUUUGAAUGGUGCUAAUAAGAGCUUAGGAAUUCUCUCUUUUAGAAAAAAUGGUUGUCCUUCCUUUGCAGGUGACGUAGUAAAUUUAGAUUGUAAUUAAACUAUUAAUAGUGGACAGUGGUGUUCUCAAAGUUUUACUUGGUAAUUCUUCAGAAUGGAUUAUUUUUAUUGUGUCAAUAUGGAGAAAAUCCUUCAGAUCUUUGAUAUAUAUACAUUCAUUAAAGGACAUUUUCUUAUUUGUAUUGAUAAUGUAUUAAAACUUCUUUGUGCUUAAUAAAAGGCUUCUUUAAACAUCUUAUUUAAUUUGGUAGUUAUACCAUAUCUCCAAACAUGAGUGCCUUAUGAAAAAGGGCAUUCUUGAGAUUAUGGGGGUGAUUUGAUAACUGUUCUCAUGGUGAUUGCAUGUGGCUUAGCCAGGAAAUUCAUAUGUAAGCAUGUGUAUAUAAUACAGAAGCAUGUUUUAUCAUGAAGAGUAAUUGUGAAAAAUGAUUUAGAUCUUUAAGGACAUCUUAAUAAUGGAACACUGUUUCUAAUUUUCUCUUCAGCUUGGAAAAUACUGUCCAUAUUAUUAAUACCUGAAGAUACUGACUUUGGGGAGGAGGUGUAAGGAAGAAGGCAUUCGUAAUUACUUCUGUGUAAUUAAUCCUUUAUAUCUAUCAGAAUGAUCUUUCUGGAACUAAAAUAGCAGCUGUUAAUACAGUUAAGUCCUCAUGACAGACUAGAUGCAAAAUCAGUAUUGAAGCAGUCUAGUAGAGCACUGUACAAUUCCUUUAGAAAUAAAGUUUAUCAUAAAAUGCUAGUCCUUUUAUAUUUGUAUUUAGUUUCAAUUGUAAAAUGCAUGUAAUUUAAUUUUUAUGGUAAUUUUUGUUUCAGAUUUUUUAAAGAGUAAAACAGGUUUUUUUAGGCUUGUGAUCAGUAUAAAAUUAGGCAAAGAAAUGUAUGCUGGUUCCUUUUUGUGUUCCCCAAACCAGCUCCUGUGACCUCUGACGCAGAGCCUCCGGGGCUCGCUGGCUCCUGCAGCCUCCUCACUGCCAGACUUCUUUGAGAAGCCCACAUCCCUCAUGCCCACGCCCGUAGCGCUCACCCCACUGCGGGCCUGGCUGCCCUCGGCACUGCGAUGCCGCUCUUCAUUUCAAAGUCAGCAGGGCUCUUCUAGUUAUGACAUUCAGUGUUUUUCCUUAGCCGGAAUUCCCUACCUUUCUCUUUUUCUGUAACGUUUGACCAUCAGCCAGCCUCUCCUAGACAUUGUCUUCUCCCUCAAAGAUGCUGUACAGUGCCAUAAUUGUGAGCAUAGUCAUGUGUCAGUUAAAAACUAUCUUCUAAACAUGCACUUUCUGAGAGUUCAUCCUUAAAAUGCUAUGGCUCUAAGCAUCCCAUCCUUAGGUUUUCUAGUUCAUCCCAGCAUCCUCCAGUACAGUCUGGUUCCGAAUACCAAGUUUACACCUUCAACUGCCUAUUUCCAUUUCAUCCUAGAGAGGAAUUUAUCAUACUCGCCACCUUUCUUCUCUUGGAAUAACUUUGGCUAAUGGUGCAACCUUUUUGCCUAGUCAAACAUGCCAGGAUCUGAGGCAAAUUCAGCUGUUCCCUCUUAUGCUGCUACUGCUUCCAAGAGCAUCUAGGAAGUUCCUUCUAUACUUGAUAAUACUCUCGCCUUUUAGGGCUUUAUUCCUAUGAGUAAAAACUUGUGUGCUCCUUCCUUUCAGUCUUCAUGAUGGUGCUAACCAGGUUCUACACUGCUUAUGUUUCUUCCCGCUACACUGUAAGCUCUUUUGAGGGAAUGAUAUUGUCUUACUUGUUCUAAUUUCAUGCUUUUGCUUCUAUGUAGUAGAAACUCCGCUGUCCUACCUUGGAUUCUGUUGUAAGUAUUUAGAAUAAUCCCCCUUGUAUUGCAGUCUGAAAUGUGUUUUCAUGUAUUUAUUUCCUAAAAUUAAGACUGACUUAUGAAUGAAUUGGCUUAUAAGAAAGUCACUUGGUAUUUUACUUACAUAGGGAGCUACUUUAGGUGUUUAGUUAUGCAAUAUGUAUUUCUUCUACUGAAUUUCGGAGUCCCUAGAAUGUUUCUGUUAUGACUUUACUAGAAGAGAAACUGAUUUGUUUAUGCCAUAAACUCAAGGACCCAUAACUACUGAAAAAUUAAUUUUUAUUCAUCUUAUGUGUUUCUGCCCACAAAAACAGUGGUACAAGGCAAAAUCUGGACAUGUUGUUUGUAAUCUCAAUAUUUCACAUGAAACUAGCUCUGCUGUUGGAAAAUACAGAUGGUUUUUCAUUUGUAAUAUUGCUGCAGCGUUUGUUAGCAUAUCUGUACAGAUAGAGUUAUGAAUGAAACCCUAGCAAUGCCCUACAGUUACUUUUAUCAGUAUGGUUAGUCUCCUCAGUACCUAUGAAGGAAUUGGCUGAAGUUAGUUGUAAACCAGAAGUCCUGGGUCAUAAAUUAACAUUGGCUUGCAAAUGUAACCAAAAAGAACCACUCAUGUCUAUCUUGUUCAUACCACAACCUCCCACAGUACUGUAGCCCUGCUAUGGGAGUUUCUCAAAUGUUGGUUGGAUUAAUGGUUUGGUUUGGUUUGAGGCACUUUUUCUUUUUCUUACUGUACAUUUGCUCCUGUAUAGUAAACUUAGUAUGAAGUGGCAGUUUGACAUAGGUUCUUUGUCUAGUGGAGUUACGAUGUAAAGAUGAUAACUUUGUUGUAGAUCAUUUUGGCUUUGUUUCCAGUCCUCAUUAUUGGUGACCUUAUUCUGGUGGGGCAACUCACUGGUAAUAUCAGUGAAACUACUAAACCUGCCAGCUGGGAAAUUGAUGGUGGGCCUCGGUUUCAUUACUAGGUGCAAGAUUUCAUUGCCUUGUCAGCUGGCACUAGUGUCAUAUUCCUCCAGAUGCACGUGAGUUUCUGUUCUGAUAGUGCUAAGGAAGCCAUGUUCUCUGAUGUAAACCCAUUGUAACCAGUGGUGUGAUAGUGAGCUUAGGUGAAAUGUACAGUAUACAUUUGAAAAAAUAGUUCAGAGUUCUCUAUUUCACUCUUAAGUUACUGGCCAGCCCUGUGUACUUCCCCUGCGCUCACACCCUCCCUAACGUACAGAGGACUGCAGGAACAUGCCAUGGCUCUGAAAACCUAAAUAUAGCAUCACUGCUACAGUGCACUGUAUCGUGAACCCAUAGAGAUGACACAAGCAGAAAUAAAUACCCGCACAUCAUGAUACCCAUCACAUCAUCAUUGGUGAUGAGCCGUGUCAUUAUGGUAUCUUUGUUUAAGCCCCUGUAAGAGAAGUUCUCUAGGACUAAAAAGAUUGAGUGAAGACAACUGAGCUGCCAACCUAAUGAGUUAAUCAGUGUUACCUUUCAGCCCUAGAAACACAAAGUUUUAUUUGGGAGUAGAAUCACGUUGCUAGUAUUAGGCCAGCAAAUAUCUUAAUGAGCAGAUGAAGUACAGACUUAACAUUUGGCUCCAUUGUGUGCCUCAGAAAAGUCUCAGUUUUUCUAAGAAGCAUAACUAGUGGCAAGACUUGUAGAGGAGUGGUCAUAAAAGCUAAAAUAGCUGGUAAAUAUAGUUGAGUCUGGAGUUGGAAUACAGUAAUUGACCUGAAAAUCUGCCUCUGCCAAUUCCUGGCAGCCCUGUAUGCAACAACAAAAAAGAGAUCAGUGAAUUUCUCUGAGACAUAAAAUAGGGAAAUCAAGUAGUUAAAAUAAUUAAAUCACACAAAAUGUUAGAAGUCAGAAAGCUAUACAAAAUGGAAGGUAUCUCUAUAAUUAUCUUUUUGGAAUGAAAAGUUGAGCAUUCUUUAAUCUGCCCUGCCUCAGAAGGUGAGUGUGGGAUGUUGGAAGUGGCAGUUUAUGUUGACUGCCCCUGAGCUUAGUCCUCGCUUCACUCACACCCAUUUCACUAGUGUACAGGGAAACACACUCCAAAUUACGCACCCAAGAUACUGCAAGUGGACUUGGUGUACUUAUCAGUAUAUAAUAAGGCUUUAAAAAUGACCACACAAGUAAAAGAAAAUCACAGUUGGCGUGUGUAUGAAUAAGUCAGCACUAACAUGGAAACCUACGUUUGUCAGGGUGUUUAUAAAGUCAUCCAGUAAUGAGGUGACAGACGUGCAGCGGGAGCACCCCAUGUGCUGCCAUGGUGAGAGGGGAGCCACCGUGGCCAUCGCAGGCAGGAGAUACCGGGAAACACCUUGUCCUUGCUGGGCUCGAACUGAGGGCAUCCCACAAGUCAGCAUAAGCACAGGGGAGGCCUGCAGCCUAAAAAGGUUCAUGGGGACAGUGCUGAGUAGGAGUCAACAGUGAGCAGUCGUUUAAAGCCGUUUGAAAGCUUGAGAAGAAACACUAGUCCCUGUACUUAAAGUAAAAGCAGAACCUGCACUAGAACAUCAAGAAUGAAGCCAGACCUGGAGCUAAAUAUAUUGAAAGCCAGUAAGUGAAGUUUUUCCAGAAUCAAGAUUGUUUUUGUGAGAACUCUUUAUAAGGCAGUAUACAGCAUAUAUUCCUGGAUGGCAUGGUAGAGACAUUCUUAGCAUGCAACUAAAAAUAACCACUAUCUGCCAGCUCUUGAGAGUGGUGAUGUGAGGGUUUUAAAGUCAGGCAUCUGGGAAGCUUGCUGACAGAAGGUCCUCUGAACUUUGAAGUGGAAUCCUAGUAAGCCUCAAGAUGGCACCAAGUAUUUACAGGACAAAUGCCCUGUCUGCAGGGUGUCCAAAUGCAGCUCUCCUUAGAGGCAGGACGGUGAUUAAGAUGCCUCCCCUCUGAGGAUACCGCGACUCCUCACCACACGCGAUCAAGCUUCAAGUCUUACAGUUACUGUGGUUCUUUGGUAGUCUAGAAGUUAGCGGUUGCCUCCUGUACUUAAUUCUUUCUUUAAUGUUCCUUUGUCCUAACUUGGGUGUUCGUCCCACCUGACCAACAGAUUUGCCCCACUUAGGCAACCAAAAUAGAUGGAUUUUUCACAGAUAUGAGAGGAUCAAAACAGUACUUCAGUGAUUUUGGACCAGGGUAGAUUUGAGAAGUGAUUGUGUACCAUACAUGGUCUAUGUCAUCAGUGGCGGCAGACUUUUGCCAUGCGUACCAAAGUGGGCUGUUGUGAAACAGAAAGCGCUAAAGUGUUCCCUGCCACUGUUCCUGAGUACCCUUUCACAGGCUCUUUAGAGGAACUUAAGUUUCUUUUUUCUUUUUUUUAAAUGUUAAGACUUUUAAUACUUCAUCACAAAAGCAUUGACCAAACAAAAUGAUGUUGAUAAGAAUUUUUAAAUAGAGGAGUUUUAGAAACAGCAGUGCAGAAAAUAGCAUUAAAAUGUUUGCAUCAUCACAGUCAUCUUAGUAUGAGAAACUUAAGAAUUUGAUGAUUACAUGAGCAUGAGACCAACAGUGAGGUUCUCGGCAUUUUUGGUAGUGUUGGGAAUUAAUGUCUGCUUCCCAGUGUUUUAGUAUAAAAAUUUUCAGGCAUAUUAAAAAUGAAAAUAAUUUUGUAAUAUAAUGCCUAGAUGCUAGUUAACUGUCCUUCAUCAUGUAUCCAUUAGAUUGUCAAUCCAGAUUUCUAAUGCAUUUAAAUUCCAGACAUCCAUACUUCCUACCAUGUACUUCAGCGUAUGACAACAUGUACAGUGCUAUCAAGAUAGAAAACAGCACCCUAGAAAGCUCCCCGGUGGCCCUUUCCCUUGUCUUUUGCUUAACUUUCAGAGGUAGCCACUGUUCUCUUUUCUACUGUAAAUUACAGUUUCUGUUUAUCAACUUAUUGUAAAUAAAAUCACAUCAUAUACUCUUCGACAAGGCUUCUUCACUAUCCUACUGCUCGGGAGAUUUAGCCACAUAGCGGGAUGUAUAUUAUCCAUUCAUUGGGUCGCUUACAACCGAGUAGUGUUCCAUUCAUUGUAUACUGUAGUUUGUUUACCCAGGUUCUUGUUCCUGGUCUGUGUCCAGGAUUGGCAUUAUAAAUAAAGCUGCUGUGACCAUACUUAACAUAGGUCUAUGUGGACAUAUGUGUUUAUUUUUCUCUUGGGUAAAUAGGAUUAGAAUUGCUGGAUUGAUUAUAAAGUAGUUUUGAAAGAAAAUGUUUGUUUUUUUAAUGCAAUUGUUUUGUUCCCUAAAUUUUAUAUUUUGGGUGUGUUAGAAAGGUAUACACUAUUUUUUAUGAUCCAUAUUGAAAUAUUAGGAGAAGUAGGUUUGGGGUAGAAAUGGCUUCAUUCAUGGUUAACAGUAGGUAUUAUUUGAGGGAAGCAAAGACUUGUCUGCCCGAAACAGCUCCUUAAAAGGUUCCUAUGCUUGAAAUUUUAGCUUUAGUUUUUCUCCUUGAAAGUUUAAGCUCUGAGCAUGGUGAUAUAUUAGCUAGAAGAAACAGCACUGGUUUGUUCAUAUUAUUAACUUUUGCCACCCGUUUUCAAUUCGUAAACUAAGACUCUCAUUGUUGAAUAAAAAACUACUGUUUGUUGGUAGAGUUGGAGGAAGUAGUUUAAAACAAUGUGCCCGUAGUCCAUCCUUGGUACAGCAGUGUGAGAGUCACCUGGACAGGGACAGCCCUGACGACUGCGGGAAAAGCAGAAAACAGGGUGGGAAGACUUCUACCUCACAGUUUUGCAUAGGGGAUAGCUAUGCGUUUGCAGGACAUUUUAGCCUUUAAAAAUCGUAUUUUCAAUGUUGCUCUUUUAUUCAGUACAAUACUACACUCUGAUGGCUUUCUUCUUCACUGUGUUUUAUCCUUCCUGCCAGUUCUAUGAUAUAAAGCAUUCACCUGUACUAGCCUGUAAGAUUAUAACCAUACGUAUGUUUGCAAUGCCCAUAUUCAGAGAUAUUUGUGUAUGACCUAUCCAGUUUUUCCUAUUAGAUUUUUAAGGGCUGGGAAAUUUGGCUUCUACUGUAAAUCCUUAUAAUGCUCCAUACAUUGUAAAUAUGCAAUAAAAAUGUUUAAAACUA